AUGGACUCCGGACCAGGCACGUCUUCUCCAAUCUUCCUGUCCGAGGACGGAGAGUAUGCGGCGCAAGUGAAUAACAAAGACCUCAUCGUUCAUCUGAACCCAACAUCUCCUGGCUUCAAAGACGUGCUCAUCGGGAAAGCCAAAGAACACGCACCAAGAUUCGUCAAGUUCUCACGACCAAAAGACACCACUUCUCCAGAGAAUUCUGAUGAGGAAACCACUUCACGCCGCCUGCUACAUGCCAGCGAUACCCGAAUCUUUGUUUGGCAGUUAAAGCCCCUGCAACUACACGCCGAGAUCGAGAGCAUCGAACCUGGUGCUUUGAAUAUUGAUUUCGGAGGAGACGAGAACGAGAUCAUUUUAUUCCACGCAUGGAAUACCAGGAUCACCGUGUAUGCCCUGGACACCGGGCGCAGCCAGGUUAUCAAGAGUCCCAAAUUCGCGCAUACCAACGGAUUUGGCUAUCGGCCCAAGACGCGACAAUUCGCAGUGCUGCUAAAACCCGACGCUUCCGAUCUCCUGACGAUUCACGACUUUCGAACCUACGAACUAAUCAACCGAGCAGUGCUGCCAACGGUCGACGCUCAAGGACUCAAAUGGAGCCCUGAUGGGCGAUGGGUGGCUGUAUGGGAGGCAGCGAGCGCAGGCACGAAAGUGUUGAUUUUCACUGCUGAUGGACAGCUCUUCCGCACGUACACCGGCCUUCCUGGGUCAGACAUCUCCCUCGACUUAGGCGUGCGGGGGAUAGAAUGGAGCCCCGUCUCUCCACAGAGCGGUGCGUCGGAGUUUCUGGUGGUUGGAAAGGCUGAUGGGACGGUUGAGAUCCUCCGCACGAAAACAUUUUCCUGUUCAACCUCGCUAUCACACGUCUUCGAGAUCGACCAACAUUCUCCGCGCAUCUGGCGCGAGCGCUGCAUCUCCGCGGACGGCGUCUUGGAAUAUGCCGAGUCAUCAGGCUCAUCCGCAUUCAGCACGGUAGCUGAGACGUCUACUCUCCCACGGGGCGUGUCUACUAUUGCGUUUAGCGCAGAUGCAGCUCUCAUGGCGACGGUCGACCAGACGCGGCCGAACAUCGUUUGGGUAUGGGAGCUAGAGCCGACUGCCAUGCUUGUUUCUGCCCUGGUCCACGAAGCUGCCGUUCGGCAGGUCGUGUGGCAUCCGUCAAAGACGGAAAUGCUCAUCACGACGGUGAGUAACGCGGGAGCAGCCGUGCGGUAUUGGUCUCCGUACAGCGUUCCGUCCAUUGUGCGGGUUCCUGUUGCACGGAAUGAAUCUGGGCGGUAUGAUGCGCGUUGGGUAUUACCGGGCCAGGAGGGUGAGUCGAUGGUCUGGGUUGGAUCUCCUGAGGACUAUGUGCUUGGGUAUCUUGAGGGAGAUGAUGGUGCUUUGCGGUUUCAGGUGGGCUUAGGGCUAAGCCUCACGUGA